UUAAUCAUUUGAGGCCGUCCAUUAUGAGUCAACUUAAAAUUGAUAUAAAUGGUAAAAGUUCACGUAACGCAUAUUUCACAUUUGCGCCUCCAACAAGAAGAAUCUACCUAAAACUCAUCGUCUUCUCCUUCUUCUUAUCACUCCUUGCUCUGAUCAUGGCUGACUCUACCAGUUCAUCAACGUCCGAAGCAAAUGUUCACAUCAUCUACACCGAGAAGCCUACAAAUGAGGAACCUAAAGACUAUCAUCUCCGUACCCUCUCCUCCGUUCUUGGCAGUGACAAAGCUGCAAAGGACGCUCUGGUUUACAGCUACAAGGAAGCUGCCUCUGGUUUCUCAGCUAAGCUCACCCCUGCGCAAGUUGCCAAAAUCUCCAAAAAACCAGGUGUGAUUCAAGUUGUGUCGAGCCAGACCUACCAGUUGCCCAAACCUGUUGGUGGUAAUUUCAAGUUGACCUAA